AAAAACUGGAAAGAAAAAAAGGAUCGAGUGUUUCAGUUUUCCAGAUUUGUAAACUGCUCAAACAAUCCCUUAGCAACCUUGAGAUCCAGAGCCAGAAAAAUAAUCAAUAGGCAUCAGUGAUCACUCUUCUUUCAUAUCAACCAGCAGACUGAGUAGCUUUCAGGGGUUUGAUAAGAACCCGUUGAUAGAUUUUUACAAAUCAGAAUGCAAGAGAAAAAAUGAGACCUUCCCUACUUUAAGUUAUGUCACCGGUCUUUGAGUAUAGGCUGGGUUAGAGGUCAAAUUAUGUCUUAUGAUGAGAAGAAUGGAGCAUGCUGUGGUUACUGGUCAUUACACAGAGAAAAAUAUAUGGACCUGAGUGCCAACAAUAUGCCUAAGCAAGUAGAAGUGCGGAUGCAUGAAAGUCAUUUGAGUCCAGUGGAGCCCAGAUCCAGGAACAUAUGUGUGCAAUUUUGCCAGUCACUCCGCAGAAACCUGCUCCUGACUCUUACUGUAUUUGGUGUCAUCCUGGGUGCACUAUGUGGGGGUCUUCUUCGUCUAGCAACACCUAUUGACCCUGACAUAAUCAUGUUAAUAGCCUUCCCAGGGGAUAUACUUAUGAGGAUGCUAAAAAUGUUGAUCCUCCCUUUAAUUAUCUCCAGUUUAAUCACAGGGUUGUCUGGUUUAGAUGCUAAAGCAAGCGGCCGAUUGGGAACAAGAGCCAUGGUCUACUACAUGUCUACCACUAUUAUUGCUGCCGUGCUGGGUGUGAUUCUGGUUUUAGCCAUCCACCCUGGGAAUCCAAAGCUCAAGAAACAGCUAGGUCAAGGGAAGAAGAAUGAUGAAGUGUCUAGUCUGGAUGCUUUCUUGGAUCUGAUCCGAAACCUGUUCCCUGAAAAUUUAGUCCAAGCGUGCUUUCAGCAGAUCCAAACUGUCACCAAGAAAGUGCUGGUGCCACCACCAAUUGAAGAACCACCUAAUGUCACUGACUCUGCUUUUGCUAUGAUGAAUGAGACAGUGCGGGAAGCACCACCAGAAGCCCAGCUGGUCAUUAAGAAAGGACUUGAAUUUAAGGAUGGCAUGAAUGUCUUGGGUUUGAUAGGAUUCUUUAUUGCUUUUGGCAUUGCUAUGGGGAAGAUGGGAGAACAGGCCAAGAUGAUGGUGGAUUUCUUCAAUAUCCUGAAUGAGAUUGUGAUGAAGCUAGUAACUAUGAUCAUGUGGUAUUCCCCUUUGGGCAUUGCUUGUCUCAUUUGUGGAAAAAUCAUUGCAAUCAAGGACUUAGAAGUAGUUGCUAGGCAACUUGGCAUGUACAUGGUAACUGUGAUUGUGGGCCUCCUCAUCCACGGAGGGAUCUUCUUGCCUCUGCUCUACUUUGUGAUAACGAGGAAAAGCCCCUUUUCAUUCCUUGCUGGGAUUUUCCAGGCAUGGAUCACAGCACUAGGCACAGCUUCCAGUGCUGGAACAUUACCUGUUACGUUCCGAUGUCUUGAAGAAAAUCUAGGCAUUGAUAAGCGUGUAACAAGGUUUGUUCUUCCUGUUGGAGCAACUAUUAACAUGGAUGGAACGGCCCUUUACGAAGCUGUGGCUGCCAUCUUCAUCGCACAAAUGAAUGGCAUUGAGCUGGAUGGAGGGCAGAUAGUUACUGUGAGUUUGACCGCCACCCUCGCAAGUGUUGGAGCUGCCAGUAUACCCAGUGCAGGACUUGUCACUAUGCUCCUGAUCCUGACUGCAGUGGGUCUCCCCACCCAGGACAUCAGUUUGCUUGUUGCUGUUGACUGGCUUUUGGACCGGAUGAGAACUUCAGUCAAUGUAGUGGGGGAUUCUUUCGGUGCUGGCAUUGUCUACCACCUUUCCAAGGCUGAACUCGACAGCAUCGACUCGCAUCAUAAAGGGCAUGAAGACAUUGAAAUGACCAAGACACAGUCAAUUUAUGACGACAUGAAAAAUCAUAGGGAAAACAACUCAAACCAGUGCGUUUAUGCAGCUCACAAUUCAGUCAUAGUAGAUGAGUGCAAGGUUACGCUGGCAACCAAUGGCAAGUCUGCAGACUUCAGUGUUGUUGAAGAAGAGCCUUGGAAACGUGAAAACUAAGGGAAGAGAUUCCCAGCUCCAUCUUUAAUAAGCCCUGAAGCUCUCUUCUGGUAAAAGUUAUCAUGAUUGAAGAAGAUUUCUCUUUUUUUUAUUUAACAUCUACAGUUUCUGCUUACUUAAUUUGUUAACUGAAACUUAGCAAAGAGCUCCUAAAGUCAUUGUAGUGUCUUUGCCAAAUAAUGAUCCCUCACCAUCUGGCUCCAUUGUGCUGCUGUCUGAGUGGAUGCAGCUGGAGACUCCUCUGUGCGCCGAGAUGUGCUCUCACCCGCCUCCCCUCUCAUUCAAGACACAGCGAAUGUAGAUACUGCAAAACGGAAAGCUCCAAGAGCCAGUAUGGCUCUCUGCAGGGACUCAGGGUCACAAAGACGUAGCGCCAGAUAAACGUAACGUCCUGACAGCCUUUAAAUGUUUCGGUGACUCUUGUGGCAUACCUGUGAAUCAUUCCCACGGUGUACAUGUGAUCUAGUUUGCACUGUGCGGCAGAAAUAUCUUUUGAAAAUGUCUAUAAAGAUUUCUGUUUGUUUUAAUAAUAAGCACCUGGCAUGGGAGGCACAGAAAUGUUGUGCCUAGUUGCACUUCAAACCGAACUUAGAUCCAGGGGCAAGAUUAAUGUAUGGAAGUCAAUAAAUUACCCCAAACAUUUUACUGCAUCAGUACAACUAACAUUUGACAUCAAGACAAGAUCUUACAUUUGAGUGCACACGCGUUGUAUUUUUUCAGCUGUCACAGAUGGCAGAUGGAGCCUUCAUUUUAUUAUGGGGCCGUGCUGCUCUGUGACCCCAAUGCAUCGUACAAUACAAGGCAGUAUUAAUGCAAUGGUGGGCUGCUAGUUCCCUCUCUAAAUCUAUGCCUGAUUUGCAAAGUACAGAAUACCAUGGCCUCAGUUAUGCCAUCCUUAAUCAAAUUAGGUAGCACUUUACUAUUCACCCUACUGCAUUGAUUUCAGUGGGAUCCCUUGUGUGGAAGGGACUACUCAAGUAAGGUACUACUAGGUAUGAGCAAGGAUGUUGUGGCUGGCUGCAUGAUAACUGUUUGCAAGCAAAUCCUGAAUCUGUUAUGCUAAAUAAUUGAGAGUUUCUGAAUGUAAUCAUUAUUAACAUUUAGUUUAAAGUGAAAGCCAUCUUUCAAGUAUGUGUUGUAUUUCAGACAAUGGCUAAAACCUGAACUCAUUACUAAGCUAAAUUCCACAUUAAAGUUAAUAGAAUUGGCCAAGAGUUAGGACGGAAUGAAGAAUAAACUGGAAUUUCAGGAUUUAGACCAAUUGAAUAUACAGCUGUGUGUCUGUCUCUUUCAGAGUAAACAAUUCAUACAAAUCUCUACUGUCAGAGGAAUGAUUCCUAGAGCACAUGGCAUCUGAAUUAACAAGACACUGUUUUGUCAACCUAGUAUAGCUGGCUCAUCCUGUCAGAAGAUAUCAGAGUCAUGAUAAUCGUCCUGUUAAACGUUUUUGAAGGUACUUGUUAAAACUCAGCAAUUUUAAGACACUGGUGAAUGCUCUUACAAUAGUAACAAUGUUCUGUAGCAAAGCUGAGCCGAGGGGCCUUGGGAAGCUCUACCCGCAGAAGCCACAGAACGUUUUGCAGAGCUUUCAGAGGUUCCUAGAAUGAACUAGAAUAGGAGCAUACGAUGAACUUUAAAAUGGCAGAAAACGGAGUUGAAAUAUGUGUGGACAUAGGCUCGUCAGUGCUCAGAGCUAUCAUGGAUGAAAACAGGAGUAAUGUGUUUAACUGUAAAGUGGUACUUGGCUCUGUAGAAGCUAUUAAAAUAUAAACUACUCUUGCUCAUCUGCAUUCAUAUAAAAAUCUCCAGCAGUGUACACUGACUUGAGCGUUGAAGGUUACUUGCAUGAUUAAUGAUGUGUGAGAUCAAGUCCAUUGUCAGCGUAUUCCUCAUUCAAGCAUUUGUUGGCAUGGAAUAUUUUCUUGCCAUCCUAUUUUUGUUCUCACAUGCCAUUGCUAAAUCCAAAGCAAAAUGGCCUACAUAAUUUAAUGAAUAUUGAACCACUGUGAAUUCUGUAGAUCUCUAACCUGCGUUAGAGGUGGAGACCUUUUCCAGAAGUGAAGGCCUCACCUUAAAGAAUUUUUUAUGGAGGCUGGAACUAUACGAUAUUCGGAGAAGUGAUUGGCAGAUGGUCUUCUCUUCAGUCGUUGGUGUUAGAAUAUCUAGAGUUAACCUUUUCCUACCACCUUCUUCUCCCAAAACACAGGGGAACAAACCCACAUAUUUUCUUCUUACAGUGUAUUUUUUAAUAGGAAAAAAAGAAAAAAAGUCACCAAUUUUUGCACUUUAGGUAUUGAAUUGAAAGCUUAGGUGUUAAGAUCAUCUCAGGAUCAGGGACCUAGUCUGCAUUUGAAGAAAUUCUUUCUUCUGGGUUAUGUGCCAGCAAUGUGCUUCUGAGGGCGCCUAGGUACUCUAAAAUAUUCUCUCUUCUGAGAGUGCUGGCUCACAUCAAGUGAAAUUUACUGCCACUUGAGUAGCAGCUGUAUCCAGGAAUAACACACACAGUUUACUGCAGCAUAUAGCCUGGCUUCUCAAACCGUGUCACACCACAGUCUGUCAAUUAAUACACGACUAUCCAGCCUGUUCCUCCUAACACUUUCUUAGGAGCAGCUACAUCAGUUGCUUGUCUUGAAAGUAGCUUUAGAAAACUGGUCCGUAUAAGUCUAGCUGCCUUUUGAAGCUGUGCCAUAGCUGGAAGCAAAUAGGAGUGCCAGCAGCAUGCGACUAGGCCGUGCUGCAAAAUUACGUAUUGAGAAACACUCAGAAUAUGCUUACGCUUAGCCGCUUGGGACAUGCUGUCUUUGAAGAGUGAUUCUUCAGAUGGAGAGUAGGGGAGGAAGGAAUGAGCUGCUGCAGAAACUCCACCCACGUAGGAGUGAAUAAAUUUGGGUCUUUUGAUAGGACUAGAAUAGCAGACUGUGAUUUUAAAAUAGCAAUUCUGUAGAUACAGUAACUCAGGGAAGCGUCGAAAGAUAAUUACGGUGGCAUUUCUCUGCUUAAAUGUGGAUAUGGAAGAAGGAGAAAUGUUGUUUUUGGUAAACUCCUCUACUUUUACCCUGGCUGAAUUCUUAAUAUAGUGUUACUCCAACACAGCACAGUAUUUAACUAUCAAAAAGCUUUCCGUUUAUCUGGGAAAAUGUAACUCAUUCUUGGCUUGCAUUUCUCGAUUUGCUCAUUCCACAUGAGACUGGGUUGCUACUUAACUGAACAAACACAAAAUAACCCAGGAGCUGGCCACUCAAGCUACUACAAGGUUCACGUUUGAGUAUACAGUGCUGGUUACUGAUCACUCUCUCUUUUUAGUUUUAUAAACUAACUUUUUAGUUAAUACAAUUAAUGUAUUAAUUGCUUCUGGCAAAGGUUUUGUAUUUGUUUCCGGUACUUGGGUAGCAAAGUUAAAGCACAGUAGGAAGUGAUUUACUUUCUGUGUAGUCCCUGAAGGAAUUAAUAUUUCUUUCUACAUUCGUUUUGUUUGUUGUUCUGUCUCUUUCUCCCCUUGUCUGCGCAACUGUGAUAUCCUUUGCCCUUUGGAUUGCUGUAUCACUGGCACAUGGAAAAGUCUAAUCUAGGCAAAGACUCAGUGCUUAAUUAAGUAUGCUGAAUGAAGUACAUAUUUAUGCAUUUACUUUAUGCAUUUAUUGCUGAAGCUGGGUCAGCAUUCUCUUAUUAUCGGGUGAUUAAAACUGAAGCGUACUGUACAUUAAAAGUAAAGAAGAGAAGGCACGCCUUGCUACUGAAUUUCCUUCAUCACUUAGAAAGCAAAGGCUGCACCAGCACUCUAGGAGGCAAGUGUGGGUCUUAUACAGGGAAAUGCUUCAAAGAGGUGGGGGUAAGCCAUUUGAACCAUCUUAUGGCAUGUGCUUCUUCCAUUUGAACCAGUGAGAAACUCUACUUCUUCAGAAAGUUACUUGUUGAUGUAGUAAAACCUGGUCUGCAAUGUUCUGACUACCUGAAGUCCCACCGAAACCCACGGGAGUCAUGGGCUUCCCGGAAAGGCUGAGUCUCUUCCUGUGUCCGUUAAGUAAUAAGACGUUUCACAAUCCAGUCCUAGGGAAGAGUCACUGUCUGGUAUUUAAGACGAAAGUGAUUCUCACACCCGAAAUGUUUUUGCCAAGAUGCUGUAAAAGCAAAUCACUUCUAUGCUACAAGUCCAGCAAGGAGUUUUAAAGUCUGCAUAGAAAUUAGGAUCACUGUUAUUAUGGUUUUGAGCUGUUUCUUCCCCGAGAUCCAGCUAACCUCCGUUUCUUUCUCAGAGCACAUGCAAUUCAGAGCUUUGUGUCACUUUAAAAUGCAUGAAUAAUUUAGAUUUCUGAUUUGUUUUCCAUCACUUCCAGGGUCAUUGCUUUUCUGGUAGUAGAUAUUCAGAAGUGCAGACUAUUCAUCUAAGAAGCUGCAGCAACAGGGUUUGAACAAAUUCAUUCUGGCAACUGCCUGGAUUUUCGUUUACUCUCUGCACUUCGCUUGUGUUGUUGUGGUCUUGUUGUAGCAACACAGCAGCAAUCACAUAAUUCCCUGAAAACAUAAGCUGUAUUAAACCUCACCUCUGACCUUCACUUCUGUAAAUGCUUUUAAAAAGGCUCUGAGCUUUAGUACCAGGCUCAGAAAACCCUUUUGUAGACACUUAAAGGUCUAACUGUUCCUCGUGUCAUUAAGUUCCGUUUUUCCAUUUUUCCAUUUUUAUUACUGCAUUUGAAUUAAUUUACAGGAGAGGAAACAAGGGCACUUUAUAAAAAAUGUACUGUAAUCUUAUUCUGUUGUGAGCCAGAAGACUUUCCUUGAUUUUAUUACUGUGACUUCUAACGCCAUGAUUAGGGUAUUUUUCAUGUUAGCUAUUAUAAUAGACAGAGUCCUUGGGGCCAUUCGCCUCUGGUAAAACUCUGUUUGCUUCAACAUACAAGGUUGUGUGGAAACUCCUGCUCCCAGCAGGAAGCACCCUGUGGAGGAAGAGUGAUUUUCUUUUCUCCAAUCAUAUUGAUGAUUUCAAGGGAAAAAUAUUUAUCCAAUUUCUAUUGUCUGAAUAACUAUAUACAGAGCAUAACUUCAAGCAUUGCAAAAAAAAAAUUGCAAUACUGAAGUGUCAGAGACAAAAAUAUAGCUGUAAACAAGUUGAUCAAUGUCACCAUGUUAUUUUUUAAGUAAGUGUUAUAUAUCCUUGCUCACAAUUUACCUGAAACAAUGUGUUAAAUAUAUAUUCCUUCCAAAGUCAUGGAUCUUUCUUCCCCUGCGAACACUAGACACUGUCUAUCCAUAAUCCCCGGACAAAGCACAAGCAGACGCUCUGGUUCUGCCCACCUAAGGCAGGACUUCAUGAACGUCCCUAGCAAGUAUGCCUGGGUUGGACUGUGCAAUGGGUCCCGCCUUAAUUUUUUCCACCUGAUCAUGUUGGAUAUGAAAAUGAAAUCUGCUGCUAUGAAUGAGCCAAAUUGCUGCUAAAGGCCAAGUGCUGUGAAUUCCUUUACUUCUUGUGCGAAUGGGUUCACUGGCAAAAGGUGCUGGAGACCUAUCCCUCAGGUUUUCCCACCAUCCCAGGGGCAUCUUCCCCCUCAGUGGAGACCUGGUGACUUCCUGCUACCAGGCCAUACAAAUCUGAGCAGAUAUGGAGGUGUGCAUUCAAAUCUAUGAGUCUUAUGGAAAACCCAGGCUUCAAACAUUAAAAAAACUUAGAACAUUUUACUGAGCCACUGAGCAGGUCUCUGUAGUCUGAGAGGGAACUAACCCAUAAGCUAAGGAAGGACUUGGGGAGGCUGGAAGACUCCUGAGAUUUCUCACAUUAUCCAACUUUUUGAUGUACUUCCCCUUUCAUUUGUAACUAUGUUCUGCUGCAGACCCAUUAUUGAUUGAUAAUGGAUUAUCCAGUCCUUUUAGUCUGAUUUCCAAAAUGCAAGAAUCUCGCAGUUGUUUUUAAUGAUGGUCUGUGGCAAGCGCCACGGCACAAAGGGAGACUGUCACAGGCAGCAUCACGCAACCUGGAUUGUCCGGUGUCUGUAUAUUGUUUUGUACAUAAAUAGAAUAGUUUGCAGGGAUUUUUGUAUCAUUCUUUUCUAUUUUUUUCUACAGUUUUUCAAAGACUGAAUGCAAACUAUGUUUACAAAUUCAUUUUGCAGUCAAAAUUGUAGAUUGUAGCAUUUCCAUUUUGGUGUUUUGUACGUGCUUGUGAGUUCUUGUGUACUACAGGUUGUUCUGCCUUCUUAAAGACGAUUGCACACACUUCCGUCCAACAUAUCCUGCUCCUUUCUUGAAUAGAUCCCAUUUCCCAUGAUCUGGUGUGAACUCUAGUUUGUAGAAUGCCUGAGAAAAAGUCACAUAUGUAUUUAUAUUGUUAAAUAUGAUAUACUCGGUACCGAACUAGUUAUUAAUACAGGUUUUAUGGGUUUUUACUUAUUCUCCGGAAACUACAGUGUAGACUGAACUAAAUUACCUAGUAUCUGUAAUUUACAGACACACAAAUAUUUUCUUAUAAUAUUUUCUAUAUGACCGCAUAAGAUAGAUAGGGAAAUAAUCCUUUAAAGGUGAUCUGUACCUUAGAACAAAACCAGUUUUCUUGUAACAUUUAGAAUCAAUCAAAUGUUUCUGUGUUACGUUUAAUGAACUAAAGAGCAUAUGUUUAGUGAUGAAUUAUAAACAAAGCACAAAAUGUAAGAAGCAAAUAGGAAUUUCAAGAUGUCCUUAAAUGCUGCAGUUUGUUAUGGAACAAUGUUCUUAUAACCUGAAUAAUCUUUUAGAUUGACCAUCUCGGGCAAUUGUCCCUCAUUUCUGUCCUUUUUCCUGGUGUUACCUGUGCCAGAUCCUGCAGCUGUUUCUUAGGAUCUGAUCAUGUAUAACUGACUGACACAGAAUGCUGAAUAGAGAAAACUGGAGAUUUGGGUAGGCAAAAAAUACAUUAUCAGGUACCUAGUCCCUCUUUCUAGGAUAAAAUGUGCAUGAAUUCAGCCUGCAGAAAGACUUCAUGGCUUGGCCUCACUUUUGCCUCCUUGAAAAGGGACCAACAGAACCACCACGGGACCAGUUAAACCAGGUAGCAUCUGUACAAAUACCUCCUUCUUUCUUACAUAUUUUAAAGAACACAAACACUAUAUUUUUUGACCAAGACAAGUAAGCGUUGCUUCUCUUUUAUGGUCAUCUGUUCCCAUUAGGCAAAUACCUCUUGGCAUUAAGGCCGUGGCUAUAAUAAAUUGCAUUUAACUAACAAGGAACUGUUUUUAAAGGAAUAAAAAUAUUCAUAACAAACAGUUAUAUCAGAGAAAAUUCCUUUUACAGCCAAGUAGCUCAGUGAGUGUGAUUCAAAACAAAGCAAACUUUGAAUGGCAAAUAGUGCUGUCCCCGUGUGACUGACACUGGGUAGCUCUUCACUGUUCAGAAAUCUACAGGGCUAUUAUAUUCUCCUGAGGUUUUGGAGACUAAAUAUCUGGUAGGUAUACAUAUAGGAAGUGUGUUGAUGUACCCUUGUAUUUUAAUCUUUCUUGUAUUUUAAAUCAGAUGUACCAGGUAUUAUCUUAAUUGGAACUGCAGGUAGAAUAGUGCUACGUGAGUUGCUAAUAACAGUAGAUCCUUCAUGAUACCAGUUUUGACAUUUUGUUGAAGCAUGAUGUCCAGUGCCUCUCUGCACUUAGUGUAGAUAAUGUAGCUAUCAAUGUGUAAUUUCAGUGAAAUGGUGUGUACAGUAUGGAUAGAGGUGCUUUAAUUUAAUUGAAUUGAUUGCUCUGCAUUGACCCAUAGUAGAAAAUCAGACAGUCUCUUAAAUUUUUGUUCUGCCUUUCGGAUUUUUGUUUUUAUUUGGGUUUGUUUUCCUUUUGCCCGUUUAACUGAAUAGGCUCCAUAUCUUAAUAACUGCUUUAUCUGGCUAUUACGGAGUAUCUUCUUCUGAUAACAUUCAGAAUCAUAUAUGCAGACAACUUACUGUAAAUAUGUUAUCUUUAGUUUACAGCUAGCUAACCAGAAUGGUGCAUGCUAGUACCUGCAUGUGUGUGAUUCCCUGGCAGUGAGUGGAAGUGAUCCCAGUGCAGAUUUGCUGCCUUGCAAAUGCACUAGUUAUUACAUUAAGAAUUAAUGGGCACAGAUAAUAAUUGGCUUAUGAUUUGUUUUCUUCUUGUUUGUUUGACGUGUUGGAACACUAUCACCAUCAAUUUAGUAAAUCACUGUUUAAAUUAGCACAACGAACAAGGGAAAAUCCAUCUUAACUGCGUUCUCCCUUUGGACACCCUAUUUCCUUUUGGCUAUGUGUGCGCUGUGCAACGUUCAUUCAGUCCGUAGUCACGUUACAGGAUCCCACUGAAUCCCUUCCAGGUCCUCACUGACUCCAGGCUCCGUCUGGGAGCGCGCUGUUGCGCGGCAGCGCCCGAGCCUGGCCCCCAGCCCGGGGCGGCCGCUGGGGCGCCUUGCGCUGCCCCAGCCCCCGCCCUCCCAGUAGGAACAGCUCCUUCGGUCCCACCAUAGCGAGGGUCUUGGAGAAAUAUUAAUAAUAGACUCACAGGCAAAGGUCCCCUGUUACUUCCAUUGUUAAAAGAGAGGGUAUUAGUAGCUAUUGGAAGUUAAAUAAAACGCUAAAUACCUCUCAAGCUACUAUGGUUGAUGUCCAUGACAUCUGCUAUUUACAAAAAGCGUGUCUGUUGAUAAAACACGUUUGAGCUCUAUAUAUUCAGUAGCUAAAUUCUGGUGAAAUCUGGACUAUAAUUCCAAACUCUGAGAAAAUAAGCAGUUUCUGGGGUGAAAGCUGAAGGUGUUACAAAGUAUCACUGAUGCUGAAAGGUUUUGGGAGACUUUGGGCGAGAUGAAUGGCAGGAGCUGAGCCAUUCCUAGCUCCCCUGGGCCUGGUUCCCCUCACAACUCAAACAUCUCCCUGUAAGGGGAAAGAGAUCAAACCCAGGCCCCAAAGCGUGGGAAGCAUGGUGAAACCUGGUAUGAUGUUUCGAUUUGAAUAGCACACUGUAGUACUCUACGCUACCUCUUCCUCCUACCGCCCGUCCCGGGCCUCCUCCCAAACGUGACCAGUCACGAGCUGCAAUCUUCUAAGAUAUUUCUAAGAUGUUUCAUGCAAAAAGAAUAAAAAACAAGCGGGAUCAGGUUUGUGUUUUCCUUACAUUCAAAAAGUUCCCCAGAUUUUGAAAUGACAUACUGUACAGUAUCUUUAGCACAGUUUGUUUAAAAACUAAUGAAUGCAGAUGAUGAUAACAUUUCUCCCCUCUCUGGGCUCUGCUCUAGUGUGCUGUAGUUGGAAAGCCUCGUAGACGAAGCCUAUUUUUGUAGUUCAGAUCCCUUCCUCCUUACAGCUUUCUGUAGCCAUUCCCUUCUAAUGCUUUCUUAUGGUGUGAACUGAUUUCUGUAACUUUCAUGUAUAAAACAAACUGGACAUUCUUUCUAUACUGGAAAUAAUCGUGAAUAUAAUAUUUCACUAAAUGUUGUACCUCUUAUGUACAUAUCAUCAAUAAAUGUUGGUUCCUAAUUUUCA